AUGGCAGCAAUGUUAGCUUUUCAUGUGUGUUCAAAGUAUCCAUAUAAUUUAGAUGGUGAUCAAAAAACAUUACUCGAAAAUACAAAUGAUUUUUUAAAUAGUGAAUCAUCAAGAAUAUUUUCCCCAAUGAUUGAUAUUUUUGAUAAAAUUACUUCAAGUCAGAUUUUACACGCAACAGGAAUCAUUUCAAAAACUUUAACAAGGGAUAGCGGAGAUGUAUUAGAUAUUCCAAAUAGGGUUUUAGUUUACCACUUAGGAAAUUCAAUACAAUCGGGUCAUUAUAUUUGUGUUUCCAAAGAUGAAGAUAAUAUAUGGUUGGAACAUAAUGAUUCAAUUGUUUCUUUAUUAAAAAAUCCAAUUUUGAAAUCAAAGAAUGUUUAUCUUUGUGUCUAUGAAAAGAGUCCUUAUCAAGAUAUAGAAGAAGAACCAUUAAAAGAUAUAGAUUUAUAUAAUAUAGGUAUUGAUAUUAAUUCACCAAUCACACUAUCAUAUCAACAUAAAUAUUAUGAAUUAUUACAACUAAUAAACAAACUAUAA